GGAAUUUAAUUCAAAAAGAAGAGAAUAAAAAUAAAACCUCCGACGCCAUUUUUCGUUGUGCCCAAAGCGCGAUUUAGAGACGUAGGAGGAGGAGCGAUCGGCUAUGUCGCAGGGAAGCGGAAGCGGAAGCGUCGGCGGCGGAGGCGGCGGAGGAGGGGGGAUGGAUUUUCAAUUGCCGGACGAGAUCUUGGCGGUGAUUCCGGGGGACCCGUACGAGCAGCUGGAUCUGGCGAGGAAGAUCACGUCGAUGGCGAUAGCGGCUAGGGUUUCGAAUCUGGAGGCGGAGGUCGGGAGGCUGGGGCAGAAGCUGAGGGAGAAAGAUAGGGUUAUUUCUGACCUCGAGGAAAGAGCCUCGCGCCUCCAGCAUGUUAACUACGACGCCGACUCGCGGUUGAGAAUUGCGGUAGAGGAGAAUAUGAGGCUUUCCAAAGAACGAGAUUCAGUGGCAAUGACUGCUAAGAAGCUUAGCCGUGACUUGGCAAAGUUGGAAACAUUUAAGAGACAACUGAUGCAGUCUCUAAACGAUGAUAAUUCAUCUCCAGCCAAAACUGUUGAUAUUGGCACCUGUGAUCAAUCAGUUCCAAAGGCAUAUCCAGAUAAGGAUGAGGAGACAAAUGGCUACUCAGCCCAAUAUUCGUCAACUGGUUCUACUGAUAUGGGGAACACAACUGAUGAAGCCUCGAGGAAUGCUGGGCAAAAGUUUUCAUUGACUCCCUAUAUCACACCUCGUCUUACUCCAACUGGAACUCCAAAGAUCUUUUCGACAAGUGGGUCACCUAGAGCAUAUUCUACCAUCCCAUCUCCUCAGCAGACCUCUGGUGCCACAUCUCCCACAAAAUCAUAUGAUGGACGGAAUUCAGUGUCUUCAUGGUACGCAUCAAGCCAGCAGUCAUCAGCAGCAAACUCUCCACCUCGUGGACGCCCACUGCCAGGGCGUACUCCUCGAAUUGAUGGAAAGGAGUUCUUUCGUCAAGCCAGGAGCCGCCUAUCAUAUGAGCAGUUCAGUGCAUUUCUGGCUAACAUCAAGGAGCUAAAUGCUCAAAAGCAAACCCGGGAGGAAACUCUAAGGAAAGCAGAGGAGAUCUUUGGGACAGAUAACAAAGAUCUAUAUUUAUCAUUUCAAGGAUUGCUUAGCCGCAACAUACACUAGUGUCCCCCACACAGUUGCUUGUAACAUUUAUAAUAAUCAGUCGAGCAGUCUGGCACCUCUCCUUGUAGGCUGUGGAUAGAACUUGUUCUCACCUGCUAUGAAUGGAAGGUCCAUGGCUCUUUCUCUGUCAUAUUAUCUGCCGAGAUGUUUCGACAUCAUGAAAUCUGUUGAGAUGUAUUCAGACAUUUGUUGAGAUGUAAUUAACAUCAAGUUGAGUUUCAGCAAAGUAGAGUAGGGUUUUGUAGGCUUCAGUUUGUUCUAGAAUGCAGGUAUGCCGUGUAAAUAGUUGCUUUAUUCUUUGGAUUACCGGCUCGGUUAUUUAAACUAGAACAAAGUGACAUUACUUUCUUGAC